AUGGUGCUUCAACUCUUCGUCAAUGGCCCUCCUGGCUCGGGCAAAACGACGCUGGCCAAACUGUUAUGUGAGGAGUUCAACCUUGAGUUCGUCGCCACAGGUGAAUUGCUGCGCGAGAACAUGAAGAUGCAGACAACCGCUGGUCGGAGAGCUCAGCGUUGUAUCGCUGCGAACAAGUUAGUCCCUGAUCGUGUGGUGCUUGACAUGGUGGAGGCCAAGGUUGCAAGCUGUAUGGCUCGUGGUCGCACAGGUUGGAUACUCGACAGCUUCCCACGCACCCCUGACCAGGCCAAGGCGCUAAUGGCAAAACCUCAUCUCUGUCCUGCCAUUGUAUUUGUGCUCGAACUAUCUCAAGAAGACUGCACGACUCGCAUUACUGGUCGUCGCUUUGAUCCAGUGACUGGUGCGAUUUUCCACUCUCCAAACAAUCUUCCUCAAGAUCCAGUAGUUCGUGCGAGGCUCUCAAGACGCCGUGAUGAUACGAGUGAACGCCUUUCACCGCGAUUUGAGGCGUAUCAAACUUUUGGAGAGGCCACAAACAAAAUGUUCACUAACCGUCAGGGUGUGGUGCAUCACAUUGACGCGUCCAAAUCUUCGGCCGCAAUUCUCGAAGACGUCUCAGCACUGCUCCAUUCGCUUGUAACAAAACCAGAGUUGAGUCUUAGCAACAACAACCAGGAAAGCAACAACCAGCCUCAGAACACUGACAAAAACAAGAUUUUGCCUCCGCUACGUCCGGAGACCAUUCACGAGACGUCGGAAGAAGACGAUGACUGUGACGAUAUGCAGAAAUACCAAUACGAUUGGGAAGACGACAGCUCCACUGUUGUCACUCAAAACAAAAAAUCGCAGGCUCCGAAUAAGCAAAGUGUGCUUGAGAAGGAGCCGCAAGUAGCUGCUCAACCACUUGCGACUAAGCAACUGUCCUCUUCGCUCAUGGCGGUACUGCCCCUGCCUGUUCUCUCCUCAAAGCCAGGAAGUUCAACUGAUGGUAAGACUCUUCCCCCUCCUCCUCCAAUGCCAAUGUUACGACCACUACCACCACCAACGGAUAGACUUAAAAGCCUCCAAGUUCGAGAGCCAAGUGAGGUCGUACGCUUACCCGUUCAGCCUGUAAUAGUGAGAGAAUCGGCCAGUGUCCGCAGCAGUAGCAGCAGUAGCGUUCAAAGCAACAUGAGCAUCACUAGCUUAGAGAUUGCCGCCGCAUCGGUCGACAUGGAUACAUUCAAGGAACUCCUACUAGAUGGAUUCGAAGCCGUCAAACAUGGUCGACGUGGUCGACCACACCCGCGACUCAUUUUCACAGAUCUCAACUUCAAACGAGUUUUCUGGCAGAAGGCCAUGGGUCCUGCCGAUCGAGUGGGGAAAGGAAAACAUGCACGUCUGGAGCAGAGUGUUGUCCUCGCAGAUGUGAUUCAAGUCGCACGUGGCAUGAAGACGGCGGUGCUCAAGCGGUCCGGUAAUGUUGCGCGUUACGAGUGCUACGUAUCGCUGGUGACACCCAGACGCACACUGGACUUGGAAUUGCCAAAUCCCCAGUUAGCGGACUUCCUGCAACGAGGGUUCGAGCAAUUACUGCACAACUAAGCUUAAUGAGAUCUGAUUGCACAACGU